CCGUUGGACCGCUUCGAUCUCGAGGGCCAGGGAACCCCGCUAUCGCAAGCGCCAGCUGGGCGUUCUCACGAGGAAACGAGGCGCACGUUCAUGACCUGCAGUCGCAUCGUCAACUACGUUCCACCAGUUCUUCAACAAUCCUGGCUUUCUCGAGGUCGAGACGCCGAUGAUAAGUAUGACUGCCGGCCAUGGGCGCGACCACGACAGUAGAGGAGAUGCUGCACACCGAAGGGACGAGCAAGUUCCUGCGGGGGCUGUGUCAGCAGUGCUUCGUGGAGUGCAGCGAGCCCCGGACGAAUGCACGUCUGCUGGACCAGCUGAUCGGCAAGCCCAUCGAGCCUCUCUGCAUCUCCCUCGCCUUCAUCACCGGUCGCCAAGUAUCGCCGGUCGAAGCCUGGGCUGAACGUCUGUUCGAGCAACGACUGCGGUUCGAGCAGCAGGUAACGCAGAAGGAGCAGGGUGACGACGAGGCCCAGGAUAUCAACGAGAUGUUCGCCGACGCGUGCGUACCGUCCCCUGCUGUAUCACUCCAAAAUCCGUCCCUACCCCUGUGGCUCCUCGUCCUGGAGACGACCGUGUACGGUCAUCUGCUGACGAUAGAUCGGCGCGUCAGCCUUCUCUCUAAGUCACGGCCUGGCGACCCCUCUCCUGCAAAUCGACCUGCGCCGGAUGACCGUGCGGCUGCUGCACCCGGUUCGAACUCCACGCCUUCACGUCCAGUUCCAGACUGUGCUUCAGCACCGAUUCGACCUUCCUAUCCCCGUCCAUCUGUUGCUGAUACUCGCUUCCUGAUCGACUCUCAUGACCUGAAGAUCGUGGUUGGCCUCUGGCAAACGAUCAUCCACAAAGGCUUUUACAAGGACCCGCUCGCCACCAAGAUCUAG